AGUUUCUGGGCGCUAUGUCACUGUGAUCUCACCAACAAAACCACAUAUGAUUCUUUGUGAAGUAAAAAUCACAGGCAAAAAGCUUGAUUCGCCUUUUAAACUAAUUAAGCAAAACAAGAACUGGGAAGAAGCCCUGUACUACUGCAGAGAUAACCACAGAGAUCUGGCCUCCAUCCUGGAUCAAGAGAUGCAGGCCUUUGCUGAGCUGGAGGCUGAGAAGGCCAACAGUCCCUUCGUAUGGCUCGGCCUUCAUUACACCUGCACCCUGGACUUCUGGUUCUGGGUUGAUGAUAAUGUUGUGCGUUUCAAACGCUGGGCUAACAACCCCCCAGAGGAGGACUGUGACAUGAGUGGAGCCAUGAAGACACAGGGAGACCAUCUGUGGUUCAGCAAGUCUGAUUAUGAAAAGUUUAAUUUUAUCUGUUUGCUUUAGGAAGAUUUUAGAC